AUGUUCUUCAUUCCCGGAGGGCUUCCUCUUGGUGGCAAAGGAGAAGAGGAAGACAACGAAGACGGGCACGGGCGCACGGUUCCCAGUCCACAGGUGGACAAUAGCCGUUUCUAUGAUCUCCUGGGCGUGAAGAAAGACGCCUCUCCGGCAGAGAUCAAGAAGGCCUAUCACAAGCAGGCUCGAGAGAAGCAUCCGGACAAGGGUGGAGACCCCGAUGAGUUCAAGGAAGUGAAUCGAGCCUUCGAGGUGCUGAGCGAUGACGAGAAGCGGCGGAGAUAUGAUCACACCGGCGAGGAAGGGCUGGAGCACGAGGAUGCGGGACAGGAUCUCUUUUCCCACCUGUUCGGGAAGGGCAGCGGCCGUGGAGCUAAACCAAGCCGGCCGAAGACCUCUGAUGUGGUGCGGCCCAUCUGGGUGACCUUGGAAGAGCUCUACACGGGGAUCACUCGCCAGCUGCCCAUCCUGCGGAAGGUGGUGGAUGAGUCGGGCCAGUCCUGCCGAUGUGACGUUUGCGAUGGUAAGGGCGUAGCCUUGCAGGUCGUGCGGAUGGGCCCCUUCGCGCAGAAGGUGCAGCAGACCUGCGAGAAGUGCCAAGGCACUGGGCAAGCCCUUAAAAUGCGGAGCCAACGCGAGGUGUUGGAGGUCUUUGUGGAAAAGGGUUCGCCCAAUGGCCACAAGAUCAUCCUCCACGGCAAGGCCGAUGAAGCGCCCGGCUGCGAGCCGGGUGACUUGGUCGUGGUGGUGCGCGAGCAGGACCACCCCAAGUUCAUGAGGAAGGAGGCUGAUCUCUACCUUUCAGUGGACCUUACACUUGCGGAGGCUCUCACUGGCUUCAGGCUGGUCGUCCACCACUUGGAUGAUCGGAAGUUGCUGAUCCAGAGCAAGAAGGGUGAAGUGCUGCGACCCCGGCACAGUGGACUGGUGCUCAAAGCUGUGAAAGGUGCUGGUAUGCCGAUCCAUCAGGACCCCUUCAACUUCGGAAACCUCUUCCUGGUGGUCACGCUCCUCUUCCCGGAGGCGAUGCCGGAGACGGUGACUGCGCCCCUUCGGCGGAUGCUGGGGGCGGAGGAGACCCGCUCGGAGAACAUGGAGGACCUCGAAGAGGUCUUCUGUGAAGACUUAGACCCUUUGCAGUCGGCCAAAGCCAGCAAGAAAGUCACCACUCAGGCAUAUGAUGAGGAUGAUGAGCGCGGGCCUUGGGAAACGCAUGGGGCGGCAUGGUCUGGAGUGCAAGCAGCAGUGAAGGGCGGCGACGCCUUGCCUUGCGCGUUGCGGAUCGAAGAAUUUCCAUCUCCCUUGGUCAGAGGCGACGUGCUGGAGGGCACCAGUCGCGCAAAGGUGAUGAAGUGGAGCUUCCGUGUGACCCGUGAGGAGAUCAAGGAUCGCUUGGAUCUCUUGGACCAAUCCUUCUACGACUACGACUUCCGGGACGCCGUGUACUUGAGACGUGAGGAGGAUGCGGAUGAGGACACCUUGCUGGAACGCUUGCUGCAGUACUAUGUGAGCUCUGGCAUCAAGUCCUGGGGGCAGUCCACACACCCUGAUAACUUGGACUUUUGGCUGGCACAGGAAGGAGGUGUUGCACGAACCUGUGAGAUGCUUUUGGCACUCGAGGUGCUGAACUUCUAUCGCUGGAUUUGCCGACUGAGCCGCUUUCAGGUCGAUUCCUUUUUACAGGAACUGGCUGAUCUCUUCAUCCAGGCGAUCCAGAAGCGCUCGGACCGGCCCCUUUGCAAGGCCACGGAGGAUCACUUGGGCUUGAUUUCCGCCAUCGAAGACUUUGUGGCAGGCGAAAGUGGUCGGCUGGCCAUCGUCACACAUGUGCCUGGGGCUUGUGAUGCGGCGCGGCAACUGUUCUACGGUUUGCCCUCAACAACCACCUCCGAUGGAGGCCCACAGGUCUUGAGCGGCACGACCGAUGUGAGCCUCCCGGUGAAGGGCGAGGUCUGUUUGGAGCCCUAUUUGCCACUCUUCCGCCUUGCAGAUCCAGGAGAGGUGGCCCGCCGAGCCUCCAAGCCAACGGAGCUGGCGGAGGAGGACCAGAAGCAUAGGUACGCGGAGGGCAUCCGGACGAUGCCCGUGCCGGACGGCCCUCCUGCAUCCUUGCCCACUCCACCGGGCGCUCCCCGUUUUGCAGGAGAAGGUUUCAGCUUCACCAUGGAUCGCUGGUGGCGUGGUUUGUCCAGCAGAGGGAGAUCUAGGAAGUCUCCAUGCUGGGGCGAUUUGCGGGGAGUGUGCUCCUUUCGGCGAAGCCUUCUGGACCCCAGGGUGUACAGCAUCGGCCUUCUCCGACGUGGCUGCAACUUUUGUGUGCUGUGCCCGGCAGACAUCUUUGAUGGGCAACCACCUGAGGACAUCCAUGAGGAGCCAGCUCCAGAGGAUGACUUCUUGGAUCCAGACCUUGAAACCAAUGACAAGGAAGUGGAGGCGGAAGUGAAAGCCACAAUUGGGAAAGAAUACAGAGCCCUUCUGAAGUGGCGCGAGGCCGAGCCCUGGAAGAAGAUGGUCAAGACGCGAACCAAGAAGAAUGUGGGCAACUUUCACAUGCACGAGAAGCUCACGUCCUUGGAUGAAGCAGUGGACUUCGACGACAUGGCUGGAUGGCCCGUCUUGCGGGGAACCUUCAUGGAGAAAGAUCUACAACAUGAUCCCAUCCUCUUCGCACGCCGUGCGCAGGACAGCAUGGACGCACAAAUGCGGACGGAGCAUGCCUUGCGGUUGGAAGGGAAACUGGUCGAGAGCAACACUGCGAAGAAGCGUUUCGAACACUUUGUUGAGGAAGAUGAGCUUAUGGAGCCCAUUAUGGUGUGCUUUCCUCCUCCGGGCAUCGUCCCCAUCGAGAUGGUUUGCGAGGCAGAGAUGAUGCCUUGGACCAUCUCCCCUGAUCCUUAUCGGCUCUCGCCCACCUUGGACUGCCGCGUGCAAAUCUUCCGGGUGCGAUUGGACACCCAAGCUCACACGGCGCAACGGCUUUCAGAAGUGCCGCUCAUGAACUUCUGCGUGGACUCCACGAACUCGCUGGGCUUUUGCGUCAUCUUCACGCCCAAAGUCCAAGUCGUGGCGGGCGACGAAUUCGAGGUGGUCUUGACCGGCUUGAGAGAUCAGCACACGCCCAUGGGAGCCGUUUGCAACUUGCAGUACUUCCUCUCCUUCCAAAGCUUCGGGCGCCAUCAUCAAGAUCAAGACUCACUUUCGCUGCGUGCGGCUUCUUGGUUAACCAAGUUGCAGACGCCCUCCAUUUGGGAGGAGGUGGCCUUCACCUCCGGGUCCGAGCAAUCCGACCGUGGCGUGGAUGAACGCUUGGGCUCGGCCAAGCGUGUCACCACCAACACCGCGCUGGACCGCUUUGGCCUGAAAUCCGGCCUCAAGAAUCAGAACCAUGAGAUCAGGCCCGACGAGUUGAAGAAGGGAGGGCGCCUGGUACAGCUGCGCUUUGAGGAAGUGAAGACCGCCCCAGUCUCGUUCGAUCAGAAGCGUCCGCCUCCUUUGGGCGUUGUGAAGCAUCCCAAGGGUGAACGCACCCGGCAGGGCUACCACGUGGAGGUGACCGGGAAUGAGAUCAUGUUGUCACUGAUCCACCCCAGUAGCAUCGUCAUCAAGGCCACUUUGUCCUGCUUCUUGAAGUCUCAAGCGAAAUGGGAGGGCAUCAGCCACGGAGUGUGGCCCAUGUACUUCGAUGAGCCGUCGAUGGAGCAUUCCAGGGAUCUGACCGAAGGCCCUGAGGCACGUCACAAGCGGCAGUCGCGUGUGGUCCUCACGGUGAUGUUGCCCACCUGCGGGCAAUACGAGCUCCGCUUCCAAUGGGGUUUAGUCCCCUUGACCAGCACCGAUGCGGGGCUUUGUCGCAUGGUGAACUGCGGCGUCGCCCAGUGGGAACAUCCGCUACGGAUCUCAUUGCGUUGCAAAAAGCCUGAGUCGGAGUUCAAGCACUUGGUGCCCUCCUUGCUGCACACCUCCAUGCAGAGAUACGGGUACCCGAUGAAGCAUCCCUUGGCCGAGCAGUUUGGCAUGACCCUUCUCCAGCCCAUGAGGCACCGCUUGCGCAGCGGACAGGACAUUCGCUUCAUGGUCUACUCCAUGCAGGCUGAAGUGGACUCCAGCCACUUUGCCAAGUUGGCGCAAGAGGCCACUUCGCAGAGAAGAGGAGCCGAUCGCAGGGCGAGCCACAUCAAGGAGGUGAUCUCUGAAGAUGGUGGCAAGAAACCCACCAGCGAAGAGUUGCGGCACAGGAUCCGCUCAGCGCUGAAGCCCUGCAUGCGCUGUGGCUCCUGCAAGGGUCCGGCGCGCGUGGUGGCCGUCGUGGGGAAUUGGCAGCGGGUGCAAGUCCUGUCCAGGCGGCUGUUGUCCACCGACACCUCCAGCAGGGCCGAGGUGCAUGAAGGUUUGGUCCGCCUCACCAGCGAGGACAAAGCACAGACGAUGCAACUGGUCGUGUUUCAGGUGGCCAGCGAUGUGGCCCUUGACGAGUUGUUGGCCGACCGUGUGAAGAAGUCCAAGGACAAGGAACCCUUCGUCAGGAAGGACAUCCCCUUCGAAGGCGCUCCCAUGCUAGGUGGCACCCCGCGGCCCAAUUACUGGGUCCUGGCGGAGUUCCAGGUUGAUAACACCUCCACUCCUUUGCCCUACGACGAGGAGGAGAUGCUCAAGCCGCCACCCCCGCCGCCGGAUGCCAUCGAGUUGAUCCGGAACCUGGAGGUGGGUCGUGCAGUGAAGCUGGAUCACCAGGGUGGCGAGGAGGAUCUUCCACAGAAGUCCCAACAGCCCAGUGGGAGUGGAGGGCGAUGGAGGGGCGGUCAGUGAGGGCCCCGCGCCCAAUGCCGCAUGAGCGGACGCCAGCGGCGACGCCACACGCGAGUCCAGCAGAUAGCUUGAUCCUGCCAAGAAACUAA